AUAUGUGCUAACGCUGCACAGGUCAGCUGCCUAUUAUCGAUUCAGAAUAGUCCAUUCUCCUUUGUGCGUCAGAGUCCUCUUCAUAGUAGCCGAUAAUAUUACGUCAGUUGCUCUUUUUUUUCUGUCUCCCAUUAGCCCUCACUUGUCCACUCCACAAUUGCCUUAACCAACCUUCUCUGUCAUUUGGUCUGUACUGCUCAUCCUGCUGCAAUGAAUAUUCUACAACUACCUGCAAAAGCUCUCCGGUGUACACUUCAACACUGCCAGCUUCUGGACAUAUUGAAUUUCUCGUUUGUCUCAAAAAAGACGAAAAAUCUUGCAAAGUCUUUGCAUCGAUUUGUCUUUUUGGUUAUAGUGGACAUUGAUGAUUCUGUGGAAAUUAAAAUUAAACCCACCCAACGCCAUGGUCAACUCAAAUUCACAUUUUUUCUCUAACAUGCAUCGGAGUCUUCCCGUCGAAGAUCCCCUGUUUUUUGAGAUUCAACUUUUCAAUAGUGGAGUGACUCUUGAAAAAACAUUUGAAAAUUCAGAACAUUUGAAAAUCGAAGGUUCAACAACUGGUAGAGUGAUUUGUAUGAGCAUUCCGAGCAUGGGAAUACGAAAGUAUGUUGAUCACCUACUGGAUGUUUUAAAUCGGGCAAAACUCGACGAAUUCACUAUAACCAGAGACAACUAUUGCACUCAAUCGAUUUGCGACGAGUUCAAGGAUCUCGACAUUUGUUGCUUUAUGAAUCCCGGAAAAAUGUCAGACUCGUUGUUUCAUCAGAAGAUUAUGAGACAGAUUGCAAGUAAAAGCGACAGGAUUGAUCUCAGUACUCCAGUAUUUGAAUCCAAAACUCACACAACUCAAGAGUUCUUGGUUCAAAACUUCGAUGUCUUACGAGUGAUGUAUUUUUAUGAGUACAAUCUUAAUGAUAUUCUCUCCACAAACAGCAUUGUAGUUUUUGGGGAAGUUGUUAUUGGCAUAAAUCAGUUCAACUUGUUUGUCAGACAUUGGAUCAACGGAUCCAAUCCAAAGCUCGAGUACUUUGAAAUUAAUGUCCCGAGCAGAAUGAUACAUGAAAUAUGAUUUCUCCGUUUUAUUUAAUAAAAUAUUGCAUUAUUGA